AUGGGUUUGUGAGGUUGCGGUGGUUUCGGGAUUGAGCUGAAGUCUGGCAACUUCAUCAUGGCUGCUGCUGAGGUUAUGAGAAAGGUGAUGAAUGCUGUUGUGUCUUCAAAAGGCGAUGCUUUUGAUGUCGAAGAUUUGAGCGCGGAGUUGGAGUACUCAUUUGCAGUUGAGUACCAAGGUCCUCCGGUGGGUUAUGAAAUCCCACGUGCGUUUCCGGUCGACAUUGAUCACAUCCCGACCGCAGCUCCGGUUUCUUCGGCGUGUCUGUUGCAGAAUCUGUCACUCCCGAUUAUCCAGCCCAUUGCGAAAUCCAAGGGCAGUUUAGAGUGUAAGCUUGGGGACGAAGCAAAGGUGAUUGUUGAUUUGAAAAGAGAGAAGGGUGUGUGUAAUGAAGCUGGAAGCUCUGGUGAAUUAGCUGGAUAUGGUGGGGAAGGUGGUUGGGGAUCAUCAGAGUCUGGUUUGAGCUCGAGAAGUGUUUCCUCUGAGGUUUUCUCUGGUAGAGAGGAGGGUGGUGUGGAUGAGAUUGUUCCUCACCAUGUGAAAAGGCCAUCGAUUGUGACUUUUCGUGAUCCGGAUUCGAAUGACGUGGUUGUAGAGGUGGAAGAGUUCAAUGCCUCUGAUGAGGAGGAGAGUGUGGACGUGAGGCCUAGGGUGGAGAGGAAUGGGAAGAAGGGGUCGUGUUAUCGAUGUGGGAAAGGGAACAAGUUCACUGAGAAGGAGGUGUGCAUUGUUUGUGGUGCAAAGUAUUGCUGUGAAUGUGUGCUGAGGGCAAUGGGGGCAAUGCCAGAAGGAAGGAAAUGUGUUACUUGCACUCGUUAUAAGAUUGAUGAGUCGAGGCGAGGGAGUAUGGGCAAGUGUUCUAGGAUGCUCAGGCGGCUUCUGGGUAAGGCGCUAGCUGAUGCGGUCAUGAAAGCUGAGAUAUCAUGCCAGGCAAAUCAACUGCCAGGCGAUCUUGUUUUCGUGAACGGCGAGUCUCUUACUCAAGAAGAGCUAGCUAGAUUGCAAGGUUGCAGAAACCCCCCAAAGAAGCUAAAACCAGGAGCUUAUUGGUAUGAUAAUGUGUCUGGUUUUUGGGGAAAGGAUGGUCUUAGGCCUUGCCAAGUUAUAAGCCCCCAGCUGAAUGUUGGGGGCCAUUUGAAGCAAAGUGCUAGUAACGGGGACACACAAAUAAUGAUAAACAAUCGAAGGAUCACCAAGUUUGAGGUCUUCAUGCUGCAGAUGGCAGGAGUGCCAUGUGAAGGAAAUCUUAACUAUUGGGUGGAAGCAGACGGAUCCUAUCUGGAAGAGGGAAUGAAAAACGUAAAGGGAAAGAUAUGGGACAGGAAAAUGAAGCUGGUUUGUACUCUAUUGUCUGUGCCAAUUCCUACUGCAUCUAAAAAUCCUCCUCCUGCAGAAGAAGACAGAAACUUUAUUGAAGAGAAACUGCUUAAGAAACUUAUUUUAUUUGGGUAUCAUAAAUCUGGCUCAAGCACUAUAUUUAAACAGGCGAAGUUUUUGUAUAAUGUUCCUUUUUCUGGAGAUGAGCGCCAAAAUAUUAAGUUCAUGAUCCAAAGCAGAUUGUACAGUUAUCUUGGUAUACUGCUUGAGGGACGUGAAUGGUUUGAAGAAGAAAGUUUAUUGGUUGAGAACAGAAAAGGAGAUCUUCGAGAUGAACGGGCUCCUUCAGGAAUUACAAGUCAGCUGGACAGUAAAACAACAUAUGCCAUUGGCCCUAGACUGAAAUCUUUUGCAGAUUGGCUACUAAAUAUUAAGAUAUCAGGUACUUUGGAAGCCAUAUUUCCUGCGGCUACUCGUGAAUAUGCACCAUCUGUUGAGGAGUUGUGGAAGGAUCCAGCUAUUCAAGCCACAUACAACCGAAGGGAUGAAAUAGAAAUGCUACCCAGACAAGCUAGUUAUUUUCUUAAUCGGGCUGUUGAAAUUUCAAGGACCGAUUUUGAGCCCACAGACAUGGACAUAUUGUACGCAGAGGGAAUCACCUCAUCCAACAGCCUUACUACCAUAGAAUUUUCAUUUACUAGAUCAUCUGAACGUAACGAUCUGGACCCUUUCUAUCAGCAUAAUCCUUUGCAGAGGUAUCAACUCAUUAGAGUGCAUAGCCUUGGAGGAAGUUGCAAGUUGCUGGAGAUGUUUGAAGAUGUUGAUAUGGUCGUAUUUUGUGUUGCAUUGACAGACUACGAUGAGUUUUGUGAAGAUAUUAGUGGGGUAUCCAUAAACAAGAUGAUGGCAAGUAAGCAGCUGUUUGAAAGCAUUGUAGCUCAUCCAGCUUUUGAUCAGAAACACUUCCUUCUGGUACUCAACAUGUUUGAUCUGCUUGAAGAAAAGAUUGAGCAUGUCCCUCUCACUCGAUGCGAAUGGUUUCAUGACUUCAAUCCAGCAACUAGUCAUAAUCCCAGCAGUAGUGAUAAUAACACUAAUAACCCUACGUUGGCUCACCGAGCCUUUCAGUAUAUUGCAAUGAAGUUCAAAAAACUAUUUCAUAGUCAAACAGAUAGAAAGUUGUUUGUCUCCCUAGUCACUGCAUUAGAGCCUGAUACUGUAGAUGAAGCUCUCAGAUAUGCUAGAGAGAUUCUAAGAUGUGAAGAAGAGGUACCCAGAUUAAUUAAUGAGUUCUCUUCGGCUAGCAUUGAUGCCAGUUCUACAGUUUAAUGUCUGACCACAAAAGUGGCUCCUAACUCCUAAGUAAGGCAUUACAUUCAUUACUGAUGUGCAAAUUGUUUAUAUGUAUACAUGUAAACAGAUAUAUAAGAAGAAAUACAGAGGCCAGAUUCUUUUC